CCACCCACCCACACACACCUCGUGUCCUUCACACAGUUCACUCACUCCUGUGCUAGUGUAGCUUGUGAUCUGUCGACGAUCGCUGGUCGGGGCGGCGGACAUGGGGAAGGGUAGUGGGGGUGUAUGGUGGGCGUUCCUCCUGCUCGCCGGCGUGCUGCUGCUGGCCGCAGCAGCCACGGCCGGCGCGGAGGAGGAUGACGGAGCACUGGCGGCGGCCAACCGGGGCGGCAAGAAGGAGGACCUGCGGUGGUGCAAGAAGGCGUGCGAGUGGCAGUACGGAGAGGACACCCCGCGGAAGCGGGAGUGCGAGAGCCAGUGCCGCAAGCGCCACCAGCAAGCUGACGCUGACGCCGCCGACGAGGUGGUGGAGAACGGCAACGGCGACGGCGACAUGGACAUGUACGGCUCCCGCUCCGGGAGGCGCGAGUGUCGGCGCCAGUGCCUGCGCCGCUACGAGGACCAGCCGUGGCGGACCCAGGAGUGCAUGACGCAGUGCCGCCGCCGCCACGGCGGCGGGCAGGCCGAGGCCGAUGAGGAGGAGGAGGAGGAGUACGAGAUGAGCGGCCGCGGCGGCGAGGGCGAGGGGCGCCGCAAGUGCCGGGAGAGGUGCGAGCGGCACCACCGCGGCGGGGACUGGUGGGAGAAGCAGCGCUGCCUGAUGGACUGCAAGAGCCGGGAGCAGGAGGAGGAGGAGGAAGGCGGUAGCGGUAGUGGUGGCCGUCGCCGCCGCGAGGAGGACAGCGGCGGCGACCGCUGCCGGUGCGAGAAGAAGUGCGAGCGCCAUCACGACCGCGGGAGCAAGCAGCGGUGCGUCGAGGCCUGCGAGCGCCGGCGACAGGAGGACAGCGACCGGUGCCAGAAGCGAUGCCAGCACUACGGUGACCGGCAGGCGAGGCGGUGGUGCGUGCAGCGCUGCGAGCGUCAGGGAGCCGACGACGAGGACAGCGACCGGUGCCAGAAGCGAUGCCAGCACUACGGCGACCGGCAGGCGAGGCGGUGGUGCGUGCAGCGCUGCGAGCGUCAGGGAGCCGACGAGGAGGACAGCGACCGGUGCCAGAAGAGAUGCCAGCACUACGGCGACCGACAGGCGAGGCGGUGGUGCGUGCAGCGCUGCGAGCGUCAGGGACAGGAGGCCGGCGACGCCGCCGCCGCCGACGAGGACAACAGAUACCCCGGCGAGCGGUGCCAGAAGAGAUGCCAGCACCACAGCGACUGGAUGAAGAGGCUGCGGUGCGUCGAGCGGUGCGAGCGCGGGCGAGAGGUGGACGACGGCGGCCGCCGCGACGACGCCGGCAACGAAGAGGACCGCGGCGACCGGUGCCAGAAGCAGUGCCAGCACUACAGCGACUGGGACAAGAAGCAGCAGUGCGUGCGCGACUGCCGUCGCGGCCGUGGCAGCUGGGAGACGACGGUGGCCGGCGCCAUCCUCGAGGUGGUGUGAGGACGGCCGGCCGGCGGCGACGUGCAUGGCGUGGCGCGCGGCUAAUAAUAAAAGGGGUGUACGUACGUACGUGUCACCGGGCGUGGCUUCUCUGCAGGGGACCCACAUCGACCAAGUACUACUGCUCGUUCGUACUACGUACGUAUAUACGCCCGUGUAUACGUACGUAUGUACAUAUGUGUGUAUACGUCUUUGCUGCACGUAUGUAGAGAGACGUGAGAAUAAAGAGUGGUAGCUACAUGCACGGCGGCCAUGGCUCUCCGAUGAGAGAGCUGCUGCUAGCUGUGUUUGUGUGUGUGAUCGUCAUGUUGCUUGGUGAGGGAUCUAGCAGAAGUCUAAGUGCGCUUUGUACUAGUUGAGAGGCUAUCUCUGUAAGUGAAAUGUGGUAUAAAUAAAAAGUAAAGGGUUCCUUUUU